UCCUGCCGGGUCCUUGAGCGCCGAGCCUCCGCUAGCCGCCUCACGUUGACCAACUGCGGAACACAAAUCCUCAAAUAAACCCGCAACCGUUCAGAACCCGGUCCGGUCCUUGUGCUAUGAUGGGCGGGAGGACGAGUGCCAUCGCCGCGGGCGUGUGCGGGGCUCUGUUCGUCGGCUACUGCGUCUACUUUGACAGGAAAAGACGGAGUGACCCCAACUUCAAGAACAGGCUGCGGGAACGGAGAAGAAAGCAGGUCGUGGCCAAAGAGAGGGAAGGCCUGGCAAAGCUCCCAGACCUGAAGGACGCAGAGGCGGUGCAGAAGUUCUUCCUGGAGGAGAUCCAGCUGGGAGAGGAGCUUCUGGCUCAAGGAGACUAUGAGAAGGGUGUGGACCACCUGACCAACGCCAUCGCCGUGUGCGGUCAGCCCCAGCAGCUGCUGCAGGUGCUGCAGCAGACGCUGCCUCCACCCGUCUUCCAGAUGCUGCUCACCAAGCUGCCCAGCAUCAGUCAGCGCAUCGUGAGUGCACAGAGUCUAAGUGAGGACGAUAUAGAGUAAGGAGUGGACCGAGAGGAGGCUCCAUCCAUCUUCCUCAUCCUCUUCCUCAUGUGGACCGUCUCUUUCCAUCACAACCUGCCAGCCCCUCCGCCUCCAUCGCCCCAGCUGAUGUCACUUCCCACAACAAGCAUAGCCAAGGGACUUCGUUUUUUUAUUGCGGGUUUAUCCUUGUCUGUUUUAAACUUUUGUCAUCCAUUUGGGGUAUUGGGAGUAAAGUUGAUCAUGGUACAAUGAUCAUAAGUUCAUAAAAAUACAAAAACAUGCAAAGCUUGACCCUAUUUCUCCAUCAGUAAAAGGAUGGAUGUCUGAAUCAACUGGACUGUGUUUUGUUGAAUGUUUCUUCGGGGUGGGGCGACACACAUCCUGACGGUAUCAAACGCAGGUUUCCUCCGUGACCUGAUCGUUCCAAACCCUCGUCGUCAUGAUAUCAGUAGUAGAGGUGAAGAAACCAGUCUUCUGUCUGCUUGGAAAUGUUCUGAGUAUUUAUUGUUAUGCUAUCGGUUGUCUUUUCUUUUCAGUCUAGACUUGGAAACAGUUCUUUUUAAAAGUAAUGUUAAUUUCAGUUUCAAGAGGAUCACCCUCUUUGGAAAAAAAAUAAAAAAAGGGGAAAAGUUA